CCAAGCAGCUCCAGUCACCUCAGCAUUAGCAUUCGCCUUCUGCCCGGAAAACAGCCCUAGCCUCGUUGGAAAGCAGAAUGAGAGUCCUUACGACACUCUAUGGUAUCUCUUCUCAUCUUCUACGGGCUGUUUUCCACAAGGGUUCCACCUUCGAUAAACCUGCUCUUACUUCCCUCUGUUCUACCCUCCAGCUUACUGAGAGGGAAUAUGCGUCGUCGUUUCGGGUAAUCGGACGUUGCCUGUCAUCAUCGUCAAUAGGGGAAAUUUUUUCGGAACAUGAGAAAGAUAAACAAUGUAAUUAUGAAAAAUCGGAGGAGAAGAAUGCUACUCUUCAUCUUGCCUUGUCCCAGCUUCUUGUUGAUUUUGAUAGAGACUCUAAUUUAUCCAUGGGACGUUUUUUUGGUAAACGGUGGGCCCCUGUGAUAUCUACAGGCUCAUUGAAGCUUGAUCAGGCUCUUGGAAUUGGAGGACUACCGAAGGGAAGGAUGGUUGAAAUUUAUGGAAAAGAAGCAUCUGGAAAAACAACACUCGCCCUUCAUAUUGUGAAGGAAGCGCAGAAGCAUGGAGGGUGCUGUGCAUAUAUUGCCGUUGAGAAUUUAAUAGAUCCCUCACUGGCACAAGCAAUGGGUAUUAACACGGAAAAUCUUCUUGUUACUCGUCCAAAUUCCGCUGAAAACACAUUGAGCAUAGUGAACACUCUUGUUAAUAGCAGAUCUGUGGAUGUUAUUGUGGUGGAUAGUGUAGCAGCUCUUGUUCCUGAAUGCGAACUUCUUGGUUUGAUAGAUUAUAAAUCUGUCGACAUGCAAUCACGUUUAAUGACUCAAGCACUUCGCAAGAUUCAGCACUCUUUAUGCCUAUCCCAAGCUCUUGUAAUUUUUAUUAAUCAGGUUAGAAUGAAGUCCGGCAAAAUUUUUGGCGAGGCAAAUGAAGUAACCUGCGGUGGAAAUGCCUUGAAAUUCUAUGCAGCUGUUCGGAUGAGAAUUUCAAGAAAGGAACUGCUACAUUGCCAGGAUAUGAUUACUGGAAUUGGCGUAUCUAUUGAGAUAAUUAAAAAUAAAAUGGCCCCCGCCUUGAAGAAGGUUGAUUUGGAGAUAGAAUUUGGCAGGGGUUUUCGCCAAGAAGCUGAAAUUUUAACAAUGGCUCUAGAUCAUGGGAUAAUAAUAAGGAAAGGAGAUGGGUACUGGAUUGAGCGAAAAUUCUUCAUACAUAAGCAAGAAGCUGAAGCUUAUCUGGCAGAGAAUAAUGAAGUAACAGAGGAAAUUGUUAAGCAGGUUAAAGAAGCAAUUUUUUCAAAAAGAGCUGAAGAUGGUUGAAUUGGCAGAACCGGAUUCCUGCUUUUAAUUCCUUCUGAAGUCUUCGUCAAGGGAAGUCAAUUAAACCAUUACAUAGACACCAGUACAGAUCUGGCCAUUUGGCUAUUGUGUCGUGUGUCGAUCAGUCGAGGCAUCUGGUCGAGUUACGAUCUCGUCUGGCACGGUAAACAUGGAUCGGUCUAUUGGCCGAGAUAAAAGGUUCCCAUUGGUGUUCUAGUCGGUCGGGAUCACUUGUGUGGUAUGUCGUUUUGAUCUAUCACCAUAGUUGAAUCAAUCGAUUAUUGAUCACGUGGUUGGUUGUAGGACGAUACCACGGCUCGAUCGUCUCACCGUCAUUUGGCCCGUUCGAUUGCUUU